AUGGCUGGCUCGGCCUUAAGACUGCCGGAGCCCAAGAAACAUUCCAGGCCGCGGAACGGCUCGCGAGGAUCAAAGUACACACUCAUACCGCGGCUACUGGACCGAACGGUGGGCAACUCGAACCCCGUCGCCGUUCAGGAUCUAAGAAGCAGCAUGGUCGACGACCUGCCCGAGACAUGCAUGGUUCACCUGGUUGAGAUCUUUGAACGUCAAUAUUUCAGCCGUUGCUGGUGCGUGCAAGAAGCGGUGGCAUCGUCGUGGGCAAUUGCCAAGAUUGAGGACCUGGAAGUGCCCUUUUUCGACUUGACCACCUGUUUGAUUGUGCUCGCGGGAUGGAAAAGUGAAAAUGUCUUCGACCGGCCCUACAAGUUGUGGAAAUCUCACGCAGAGCUCGAUAGGAAGGCUCAAGAACUGGCGGCGGCGUUUCUCGUUCAGAUGGCGGAGUUUGGCCCCUCCUCCCGACGGCGAUGGAAUUCGGAGCCCCUAAUCGAGAGGACAAGCUACAGACUCUUGGGGCCGGAGUUGCAAGCCUCCACAUCUCACUUUGACGAUCAUCACCAGAAGUUCAAGUCAAGCAUGCCGUCGACGGAGCACUCGAAAAUGAAGAUUCUCCUCAUCGGCAAAGGGGGCCGUGAACAUGCCCUUGCCUGGAAGCUCACUCGAUCGCAGUCAGUUGAACAUGUCUAUGUCCUGCCGGGCAACGCAGGCACCGAAGCACUGGCGAAAGCCUCAAACUGCCGCGAGGUAGCCGUUGAUAACUUUGACGGCCUCGUAGGGCUGUCAAAAAGUCUUGGAAUUGAUAUUGUCAUCAUUGGCCCAGACGAUGCCGUUGUCGGGGGCAUGGGCGAUCACUUUAGAAACAAUGGAAUUCGCUGCUUUUCCCCAAGUCAAAGGGCGGCCAUCAUCGAAGGCUCCAAGGACUACGCAAAAGACUUCAUGUGUAGAUGGAAAAUUCCGACCGCUCUGUACGAAACUUUUGACAAGGUCGACUGUGACAAGGCCAAGGCGUAUGUACGGAAUCUUGGUCGCAGAGUGGUCAUCAAGGUGGAUGGUCUCGCGGCAGGAAAGGGCGUCAUUCUCCCAGAGACGGUCCAAGAGGCAGAGAAAGCCCUCGAAGACGUAAUGCUCAAGGACAAAUUCGGUGACGCUGGCGACAAGGUGAUUAUCGAGGAAUACCUCGAGGGUUACGAGAUUAGCAUCCUCACCUUCACUGAUGGGAAAUCGAUUCUCUCUCUUCCGCCUGGCCAAGACCACAAGCGGAUUCACGAUGGCGAUAGGGGGCUGAAUACCGGCGGCAUGGGUGUUUAUGCCCCCGUUUCUUCCGUGACUGACGAGCAGAUGGCCGAUAUCGAAGAGACCAUCAUCCUGCCGACUAUCCUUGGUCUUGAACUUGAGAGGAGACCGUUCAACGGCAUGCUCUUCACAGGAAUAAUGAUGACACCCUCGGGUCCAAAGGUGCUCGAGUACAACGCGCGUUUCGGAGAUCCAGAGACGCAGAGCAUGGUUCUUCUACUUUCAGACGAGACCUUGCUCGAGAUCAUUCUCGCCUGUGUAGAGGAAAGGCUUGCCGACGUCAAGCUGGAUACGUCCGCGGAGUUUGCGUGCAACAUCACCGUCGCGGCAGAGGGCUACCCAGAGUCGUACAGGAAGGGAGAUUUUAUCCGAUUGGGACCUACUAACGAACGUGUUCAUAUAUUCCACGCUGGAACCGAACGGAUCAAUGGUGAGCUAGUGACAGCUGGCGGCCGCGUCUUCUCCGUUGCCGCAACGGGCAAGACUCUGGAGGAUGCAGUGUCUGCUGCUUAUGAGGGGAUUGAAAGUAUAUAUUUCGAAGGCAUGUUCUAUCGCAAGGAUAUUGCCGCGCGCUCGCUGAAGCUCGCUCCGGGAAGGGCCGAAGAUGGGCUCAAUUAG